AUGCCCAAGGGUAGACGACCUGCUCGAGCAGCAUGGCUCUUCCGCGACAAGCCAGCUGUAGCAUUAGCAGCGAACAACAACACAUUCGGUCGUUUUAGUGUCUCGAUCAAGUACGAUGAAAUCAAAGCCGAAGGCUCAAUUACUAUUCAACAUGUCGUUCACCUCGAAGGAUUCCAAUCCGAACAAACCCUUGACCUUGUUCUACGUCCUGAAAGCAUCGUUGCUUGUGACCUACUUCUUGACAGCCACAAACUACCUCCAGAGGUACUCAAUCUCAUACCAACGAAGUUCCGAGAUUUUGAGUCUGUCGUUGACGAUGCACACCCCCGUUUCGGACAGCGAUUUGCUGCCUUCUCUCACUUGUGUCAAGCAACGGGUCUUCAAAUAUACCUUGGUAAAGACCAGGUCCAGCCAGAGCACCUUAUUCGACUUGAACGCUUCACAUCUGCUAUCGCCCAUCGUCACCUCCGAGCAAAUCCUAUCGACCUUCGAAGCCUGGGUGGCGGUGGUGGAAAACAAGAGACAAUAUGGGAGAAUAUACAUCCGCCUCUGUUAGAAGAUGGGCAGGCAGAACUCGGCUCUACAAGGAAACGAUGUCGUUCUGACUCUGGCAGCCAGCAACUGCAAUCAGGAGAGCCCUCCACUAAAAUACAAAGGUUCCUCUGGGGAAUACCCCCAGGUUCGCCUACAGAAGUGAACACGCCAAGUUCGCGACAUAUCACCCUUUCACCUGCCGCAGAUCAAAGCACGAGUCACGGGCACCGCGAGGGAAAUAACCCAGGCCCCCAAGCCUGCACAGGUCGAAGCCCGAGUCUUAAGCACACCAUGGAACAGCGACCGGGUUCACGAGCCGGCACGCCCCUUCCUGCUUAUCCGGUGGGGUCUGACAACAUGCACACACCAUCUCAGAAAGCAAGCAUUUCUCCCUGGGGCUCCAGUGUAGACAUCAAGCCUACGUUUCUCCCACCUCGAGCCCCUGAGUGGUCUACCCCUUCGCCUGCCGUUGCCCCUGAGCUCACAAAAGCUUUGGGCGGUAUCUUGCAACAGAUAUUACCCCAGGUGAUCGAAGGGGCCUUCUCCUCCAUCCUGGGACCAUUGAUCGAUGCUCGACUCGAGACACUAGUAAACCACAAAAUGGAGGCACUCGUUCGGGAAAGGCUUCCCCAACUCACCCACAAUGCUCUCCAACAGAACAUGGACAGGUUCAUAGACGAACUGCAAGAUGGUCACAAGCGCGCCGAAAUCGAGAUUGGAGAAACCGUCGAUGAAGCGAAAAUCGAGCUCAACGACACACGCGACCAGGGCAUUGACGAGAUCGAAACCUGGGCUCAGGGGCGGCUUGGAGACUUUGAAGGUGAAGUAGACCUUGUCGCUGUGGCUGCUAUUGAAUCUCUGGAGGAAAAGACAAACGCUUUGAAGGAGCGGCUGGACCGCAAGUUCAGGGGUCGAUGCAGAGAACUGAGGAGGGUACAUGGGAGUGCUAGGAGGAGGUCUAUAUAG